UGAAUGCAAUAACCCAUUUCUUAAAUCAACGUCAUCUACGAAUGAACUGGAGAUGAUAACAAUCUCAUGUUUGACCGAGCGAUUUUACCUCGCCGUCAUUUUUUUACUAUGUGCUGUGAAGUCAUCGGACAACGAUUGAUAUUUCUUCCAGAAUUCAUCGAACAUUGAGGAAAUUCUAAAAUGAUUGUGUGGAGCCUGACGACUUUCAUGUUAGCCCUGUUGAUGUUACUGGCUGUUUUUUUACCCAACGCCUUGGCAAAACCGAGUAACGGCGCUAGUUCUUUCGGUGAUGAUGAGCUUCCCUUCGACAAUAAACCUGAUGGCCCUGUCACCAUUAUUCCUCCUUCAACAACGGGAAAAGCAAAACCCACGUCUGGAGACAAUGCUUGCACGAUACCGCCUAAAAAUUAAUUCAAAAUUAUGAAAAAUCUGUAAGAGUCUCGCCUCGACCCCGUAUGUUUUAUCAAUAAAACUACUUGUACGUUUCCAAAAACUAAGCCUCGCAAGUGAUUGACCAUACCCCCCUGCGCGACACACGGCACCAAAAAUCCUUCAAAUCCUUAAUAAAACGCUGAAGAGCAGAAGGUGGUCGGUAAUUAAAAUUAAUUGAGUUUCUGUUAAAAGAGGUGUGCAGAUGGAGUUCCGGCACCCGUUGAAGAUCCCGGCGCUGGACAAUGGGAAGCUGAAGGAGGACGAUCCUUUAAUCCGUGCCAUCGAAGCUAAGGAUUUGGAGACAGUGCGAUUCCUCAUAGAAACUAACGAUAAGUACAAACCAAGGAUUCAAGAAGACCCCGAACUUCUGAUCACAGCGGUGUCACGGGAAAAUGUUGAGUUGGUCGAACUCCUGAUUCACCACGGCGCGAACGUAAACGCCAAGUCGCAGGAAGGACCGACCCCUCUAUCCCAAGCUGUGGCGUUGGAUAAUAUAGAACUGACGAGACUGCUCAUAUCGAAAGGAGCUGAUCUGAAAUACGACACGGAAAGCUUAAGUCUCGCCGUGGCAUGGGACUACAGGGACAAUGACGUCGUAGAGCUCCUCUUGCAGAACGGUGCGAAUCCGAACGCUCGAAGUCGAGGUAUAGAAUUCGCAAUCUUUGCCAUGGGCCCUAAGCGAUGUGUAAGGAGGCUGGAAAGAGGACGAACGGCUCUGCAUCUGGCGGCGGAUUUGAACAAAAAAGAGACCCUCAGGCUGCUCCUGGCGUACGGCGCUGAUGUCGACCGCAAGACGCUCAACCAACUGACACCCCUCUUCAUCGCCGUCAAAAGAGACCACGGUGACAUCGUCCGGGUCCUACUCGAGUCUGAUGCGGUGAUGGAUGCGUGUACGGCUCUCCACGCUGCCGCGCUCGGACGUUGGCGCAUCCUGAACAUCCUCUUGGAUUUUUUCUUCAACAAACCUGAAAUCUCACUCGAGAGUGACAUCUACCACCAUCCCCGUGUCAAACGCAGGAUCCUCGCCAACGAUCCGCAACCCAACAGGCUCAGGAGACACCUGUUCAUGGCUCACGCGGCCGAGGUCAAGGUCCCUACCAACUUAAAGCCCUUGAUCAACGACAUCGUGGUCAGAUAUCCCGAGGAGUACGACGCCUGCACCCUUGAGAUCCAGACCCUCAAGACUCAAUAUAUUGGCGACAGUGACGUAACGUUUUUCCAGCUUUUAGUUGCCGAUCUCAAUAGCUUGGCCGUCCUCGCUAGAAAUGACAGUAUUAGCAGCGGUUUAGAACUGGCUGUUAAGGAGGAGAAGUUCCCAUUUCACUGGAGUAUUUUGACGAGUCAGCUCCAUAAAGGUGUUGCCAGGAGGGAUUUAAUGGAGCGAGGAAUAGCGCUGAGCCCCAGAUUGGUCCCUGAUUUCCAACUGCCGGAUCUUGUCGUGGAGAGAGUACUGCAAUAUUUGAGCAAUAAGGAUAUUAACGCGUUUAUCGGAGCAUGUUCUCUUCGCAAAUAAUUGGCUCUCCGUAAAUAAAUGUAAAGUUGAGUUGAAGUAGACAUCUCCAUUGUUUUACUAUUAUAUUUCAAAUUGUACUUACCUAUAUAUGUAUUAUCAAAUCCUCUGCUUGUAAGAUCCCUUUCAUGUAGACAUCUCCAGUUCAGUAAAUUAGAAUAAUAAUUACUGUUUCUAAUCCGAUUUGUUUUACCUACCUACAUCUAUAUUUCAAAUAGUUCGUAAUUUUGCUAUUUUAAGUAAUCCUGUCCUUGCCUACCUUGUCCAAUGUCAACUCCCCCUUAUUGUUAAUUAUUCAUUAAUAUUUACGUAUUUGAGAGAUUUUGAUCGAAGCCUUUUGCCUCUGUUGAAAAAUAUUAUUAUCACGAUGCAUACCAGAUUUUUCAGCAAGUAUUGUCGUCGUGCAACAUGAGACAAUUUAACGCUAAGACUUCCUUAAAAGCAUAUCAUACUUUUUCUAGCGGUAACCCUCUAAUUUUAAAUUUAAACUAAAGCAGGUACCUCAAUUGCAAAUGUUUGUUACAGUAACUGAAAAAAUUAUGCCGAUCAAAAAAAAGGGGAAAAAAGUCGAGUAGGCAGUGAUAGCUUCCAUGUUGAUUGAGAAUAGAAGAUAGAAUUUGAAAAGCCGGCAGAGGUCCAAAAAAGAGGAACAGCAAUAAAUAGAAACAAGAUACACCUAAAAUAUGACUAAACAGCUCUCAUGUUUGUCAGACUGUUGUUUGUGCCUCAAUAUUGAUUUUGUAUGUUUUUGUUUUCAAAAUUGCUAAUUUGUAUAAAACUAUUGAUUUAUUUAAA